AUGACUGAAUGGCAAUACAAGGAACUUACGAAGGAGGGUGGCUACACCAAAAAGGAAAUACAUCUGAUUAGCAAGGAAAUCAAAAUUCUAGCAGGCAAGAUGAAGUGGGCUCUGUUGUCUGCUAAAACCAGCAAAGCCGGGAAGCAGAUCAACACCAAACAAAUUUCAGACACUAUGCUUCGCGACAGAAUGGCGUGCGUAAUUAAGAAGGUUUUUGACACCUACCCUGAGGACUACAGUUUCGGUGACAAGGGGCUCCAGUAUGACUCUGUAGCCAAUACAGUGAACCACAUUGGGGCUUUUGUUGAGAUUUUCCGGGUUUUAAAUCUCAACAAAGGUGUGGGACGAUUUCCCUUUUCUGAUGAGGACGUCUAUUGUACCCAGGGUUUACGAUAG